CGCGGAGAGAGCGCUCGAUUUAAAAAACUCUCAUUCAUUUCCUUCCUUCCUUCUCUUCGCUCCAUAAAAGAAUCUCCGUCAAGCCUCGCUUGCCGGCCAUCCCAAUUCCCUUGCUCCCCUGCAUCUCUCUCUCUCUCUCUCUCUCUCUUUCCCUCGUCCCCUCCAUUUCCGCUCGCUCGGGCUCCGUUUCGGCGUGAUCCGAAGCAGAUGCCUGGUGAUGUGGAGAAUCCUAAAGCACCAGUAGGCUCCCCAAAAUCCAAUGGAGUUAAAUCCACCUGGUCAAGUUACUUACUGGAGAAGACAUCUGUCUACGGCGUAGCAGCAGGCUACUGCAUCUCAGCAUCCUUACUCUCCAUCAUCAACAAAUGGGCCAUCAUGAAAUUCCCUUAUCCAGGAGCAUUAACCGCUCUCCAGUACUUCACAAGUGCAGCAGGCGUCUUACUGUUCGGCUCCUUCAACCUUCUAGAACAUGACAAGCUCAACCUCCUGACCAUGUGGAAGUUCCUGCCAGCAGCAAUCAUGUUCUACCUCUCCCUCUUCACCAACAGCGAGCUCUUGCUCCAUGCCAAUGUUGACACCUUCAUCGUAUUCCGCUCUGUGGUUCCCAUCUUUGUCGCCAUAGGCGAGUCAUUCUUCCUCCGCCAGCCAUGGCCAGCUCUCAAAACCUGGCUCUCUUUAGCCACAAUCUUUGGUGGUAGCGUCCUCUAUGUCCUGACAGAUUACCAGUUCACCCUCACUGCCUACAGCUGGGCUUUGGCUUACUUGAUCAGCAUGACGGUCGACUUCGUGUAUAUAAAGCAUGUGGUCAUGACCAUUGGGUUGAACACAUGGGGGCUUGUGUUGUACAACAAUCUCGAGGCGUUACUGCUCUUCCCUCUCGAGUUGCUGAUAAUGGGCGAGCUGAAGAAGAUUAAGCACGAGAUCACCGAGGAGACUGAUUGGUACUCUUUUGAGGUCGUUUUGCCAGUGGGGCUGUCUUGUCUUUUCGGUUUGGCCAUCUCCUUCUUUGGGUUCUCCUGUCGGAGAGCGAUUUCUGCUACUGGGUAUACAGUCCUUGGCGUGGUGAACAAGCUACUGACGGUGGUAAUUAAUCUGGUUAUAUGGGAUAAUCAUGCUACGUUCGUCGGAACUAUAGGGCUGCUGAUUUGUAUGGUGGGUGGGAUUCUGUAUCAGCAGUCCACUAGCAAGAAGCCUAAGCCUGUUGCAGAAGUAACAGCGAGAGAAACCGAGGGAGGAGGAGGAGGAGGAGAAGAAGAAGAGCAGAAGCUGCUGGAGAUGCAAAGUAAAGAUCUUUCAGAAUCCCAGCAAGGUAAAUGAGGAAGCAAAUCAUAGUUUAAAUUCAAAAGUUUCAACUUUUGUUCUGACGAGUUCAAUCCUUCUCGGGUGCCAAUUCCUUGCAAUGCAAGUUUCCUGUUACUUGCUGUACCAUUGGAUACUCCCAUACAUAGAUAGAUUCUUUUGAACCUUGGAGGAUGAACCGUUUCGAUUUUGAACUUGUAACCAAUCUCAUCAGAACAAUUACCCAUAGUGAAAGUGUUAGUGGGAAAUAACUUUGAAAAGUGAUAUAGAGGUUUUCCAUACUCAUCUAUGCUUCUGAUAUGUCUUUCUUCAAAAAAGA